CUUCAUCAGAGGCUGGAAUUUUUUGCAAUUAACGAGGAAUUAAUGCUUCCCGCCGCCAAUAUCCAUCUCCAUAGACUGGCUGCAGUUUUCCAGCAUGCUAAACGUCAUUUUUCGACUAUCAAAGUUGACAAUCCUCCUUUGAACAACUAUCUUACGUUCAGACCUUUGCUACGUGGGACAAUUCAGCAGCUAGAUUCAAUUGCCCCAAGGUUUGAGCUGAAUAAGGGAGAGGUUGAAAUUAUCACACACCCAGUGAAGUUCUACGAACUUCUAACUAACAAGAUUAGGAAUGCCCAAAAUCGCAUAUUUUUGUCAUCUCUUUACAUUGGCAAAAAUCAGAAUGAGCUUAUUGACCUUAUACAUGACGAGUUGCAAAAGAAGCCCAAAUUGAAGGUGGAUAUUCUAUUAGAUUGUUUACGCUCGACAAGAGAUUUUCCCAACCAUUCCACUGCUACUUUGUUACUACCCUUGGUUGAGAAGUUUGGCAAAGAUCGGGUCAACGUCAGACUUUACCAUACUCCUCACCUACAUGGAUACAAGGAGCUUAUUACUCCCCGCAGAUUGAAUGAAGUUUUUGGAUUACAGCAUAUGAAGAUUUAUGGUAUUGAUAACGAAGUUAUACUCUCGGGUGCAAACCUAUCCCAAGAUUAUUUCACCAACAGACAAGAUAGAUAUUAUUUAUUCAAAUCUACAAAUUUAACCAAUUAUUACCAUCGUGUUCAGAAUGCGGUAAGUUCUUUGAGUUAUCAAAUUGUACCUAGUAAGGGACGGAAGGAGGGAUUUUACCUUGAUUGGCCUACUUCUAAUCUAGCCUCGCAGCCUCAUUUGAAUAUUGAGAGGUUCAUUAGUGAUUCCACUAGAGUGUUAGUUCCUGUUCUCAAAUCGAAAACAAAAGACACACAUAGAGAGCCAGUAGACGAAGAAGAUGGUCAUUUGGAAGAAAGUGUCAAAGAUCCGGUUACAAUUGUUUAUCCAAUUUCGUCAUUCACUCCAUUAAUAAAACCAGAUCAGUCCACCGAGUUGCAAGGCAUACUACGUGUGCUAUCACUUUUAGAUAAUAAGAGUUCAAGAUUCACGAUUACUGCAGGAUACUUUAAUGUCCAUCCAUCUAUCAGUUCCAAGCUUAUCAACUGUCAGGCAGAGGGCGAAGUGAUCACUGCUUCCCCAGAAUCCAAUUCUUUCUAUAAAUCCAAGGGUAUAAGCUACUAUCUCCCAGAUGCCUAUGUUUACAAUUGUCAACUUUUCUUAGAGCAAGUUCAGAAGAAACAAGUCAAAGAGGUGGAUUCAAGAAAAAGAAUCAGACUGCUAGAAUGGCAAAACGGAAUUGUGAAUACCCCUAAUGGCUGGUCGUACCACGCUAAAGGAUUAUGGGUGACACUACCCGAUGAACAAGAGCCAUGUAUUUCUAUCAUCGGCAGCUCGAACUACACAAAACGGUCAUAUGGGCUAGAUCUUGAGACAAAUGCAUUAGUGGUUACGCAAGACGAGAAACUUAAGAAAGCGAUGAAGGGAGAAAUUGACAACUUGAUGGAACAUGCAAAUGAAGUUGAGUUAAAGGAUUUCACUGAAGGAAAUAGAAAAGUUAGUUUGGGUGUCAAAUUGGCCACCAACGUCCUUACCAAGAUGUUGUAAAAAUUUGGAAACUUGGUUCCUGUGUUGUUAAUCUGUGCCCCUACUUUAUUACGUAGAUAUUCUACUAUUUUUCUUGUUUAUAUACACAUCGAUAAAUUUAUUCCGGUUUUAUAAAUUUUUUUUAAAAACACUACAUUCAAAUGCAAAAUAAACCAAGAAGUCACGUUGCCAUACUUUUCUAUUGAAACAUGGAAACAA